UCUGGAAAUGAAAUUUUUUUUCGUGUUAUUAAGCCUAGAAAGCGGUUAGACUGACAAAUUAGUGUUUCGACGGUUUUGUCAUUGAAAAUGAAGUGGAUGAUUGUAGUAAUGAUGAUUGGGUGUGGAGUAUCGGGCCAGGGCAAUGAGACACACCCGAUGCAUCCGGAGCAAGCUGAGGUACCUAUGCCCACUGAACAAGUGAUACCCGAGAUACCAACGGUGCCCGAUCCUAUUCCGAGAGAUACAAUAAUUCCUCGAUUGCUUGGAAACCUUGUAAAUCCUAAUGAGGCAAUACCCUUGCCCCGGAAUGAAUCUAUCGAAUACCCAGGGUAUGAUGGAUGGUACAAUAACCUUGGGAGGCCGGAGCUGGGGGCGGUGGACACACCGCUCUUGCGAUCAACUCCGGCUGCUUAUGCGGACGGGGUCUAUACACUGGCUGGACAGAAUCGUCCUAAUCCACUAGAACUCAGUGAACAACUGCUGGAUGGCCCUAUCGGAUCAAAAUCCAGAACCGGAAGAAAUGCCUUGCUCGUCUUUUUCGGACAACACGUAGUUGAGGAAAUACUGGAUGCCCAGAGACCGGCGUGUCCUCCAGAAUAUAUAAACAUACCAAUCCCAAAUAAUCACCCGUACCGUAUGAGCAGUAACCACACUGUGAUGCCAGUGCUAAGAACUCGUUACGAUGAACGCACAGGACAGUCUCCAAAUAAUCCUAGACAGCAAUUGAAUGAAAUCACUCCAUUCCUCGAUGGUGGUCUCAUAUAUGGAACCACCAAGGCUUGGUCUGAUUAUCUUCGUCUCGAUGCUAACAAUAAACUCGUCGAUGGUGGACUACUGGCCUCCAGUUUGGGGGGACAGUACCCGGAAGAGAACAAGGUCAGACUUCCAAUGUUUAACCCACCUCCACCGAGUUGCCAUCACGAGUACGUGAAGCAACAUUCUCUGGAGAACGUCGACAGAUUCUUCAAAUUGGGGAAUCCCCGAGGCAACGAAAAUCCGUUUCUGCUAUCGUUUGGAGUCGUCUGGUUUAGAUGGCACAAUGCAAUUGCCAAAAAUUUGAAGAUUCAAAAUCCCAGCUGGACUGGUGAGAAAAUUUAUAACGAGGCACGAAAGUGGGUCAUUGCUUCGCAACAAAGUAUCGUUGUAUAUGAGUGGCUGCCCCAAUGGCUGGGAGAGGACCUUGAAAACUAUACAGGUUACGACCCCGCUGUUGAUCCACAAAUUGAACAGGUCUUUCAAUCUGCCGCAUUUCGAUUUGGGCACACGCUAGUCCCUGCCGGUGUUUAUCGAAAGGAAGGGGGAAAAGAAGGGUGCACAUUCCGCGGAUAUAUGGAAAAAGCCAUCCGCACGUGCAAUAAUUACUGGUUGCCGAAGAAUAAACUCCGUCAAGAUGGUGAGACAAUUGAUGGACAUAUUCUCAUCGAGGAUCUGCUCAGGGGAAUGGUAGUCCAGUUGACUGAAGCUGAAGAUCAUAAAAUUGUCGACGAUCUCCGGAAGAGCGUAUUUGGACCAUUAGAAUUCUCACGUCGUGACCUUAUGGCACUGAAUAUUCAACGAGCUCGUGAUCACGGAAUCCCCGAUUACAACACAGUGAGGAAAUUCUACAACCUGCAUCCGGUCGAGAGUUGGUCUCACUUCGUGAGAGUUGAUUCGACGAUCCGGAAAAGAUUAAAAAAACUCUACAGGAAAUUCGACGACAUCGAUCUUUGGGUUGGGGGAAUCAUGGAGACUGAAGAUGGUCCCGGAGAGCUGUUCAGGAAAAUUAUUGCCGAUCAAUUCAAGAGGAUUCGGAAUGGCGAUCGAUUUUGGUUCGAGAAUAACAACAAUGGAUUAUUCACGCCUGAAGAAAUCAAACGACUGCGAGCACUAUCCUUUCGAGACAUUCUCAUAAGUGUCACGGAUAUAAGCGAGGACGACCUCCCAAAAAAUGUCUUCAGGGUUCCCAUAUCGGACUUCGAGAUACAGCCAAAUUGUUUGCGAAUGGUGACCAAAGGUAAUUGUUCGUAUUUGAAUCGUACAUCAAUUCCGUGUUGGCACGCACCGCCAGUAACUGCGUCUAGGACAGAGGAAUGUACUCCCCUGAGAAGUUACGAUUAUUUUGCAAAUAGUGAAUUGGCAUUUACGUUGACCUUCACAUCAACGGGUGUCUUCUUCGGUUCCUUGCUUCUGCUGAUUCUGGUUAAAUUAUACCGCCGCCACACGAAAAAUAAAAUUCAUGCAAAGUUGGAGAAUACCCCGAGCUCUGAGGAUUCUGCUAACAUGCACAUGGCUCACGAGUGGAUGGGCUUUUCCUCACCCAAUAGAUGCGUUAUUGUUCAGUUAAAUAGGAAUAGUAAACAGAUACAAGUUAAAAAUGCUUUGGGCCAUUUGACACGGGCCCUAGAUCUUGCAUCGUGUAAGAAAGUUCUUAUGUUUAUUGGCCACGACAGCUGUCAUUUAUUGCUCAGAGUUGAACACAAUUACGAUUUGGUCCUCAAAUUCGCUUCGAUCUACCUACGGAAUACUUUUGUGGUAACACUGGAACGAUUUCUGAUAGACAUUGGGGUGGAGCGGGAAACAGUCGCUAGAAUUACUACAAUCGCAGUUCUCAAACAAGCUGUAACUAUGAAAGUCAGACAGAAGAAGUUGGAGCAAUUUUUUCGAGUGGUUUUUUCUCAGGCCUUCAACAUAGCUCAUUCAGAAGACGAGAUUCUCCGAAUCGACUCCGAGGUCGCCAAGGAAGUCAUUCACACGGAGUUAACGAUCCUCGAAUUUGCUGAGGCUCUGACAAUGCGAGUAGAUUCCGAAUUUGUUCGUAAAAUGUUCAAUCUGAUUGACACUGAUAAAAAUGGUUUCAUAUCAUUUCGAGAGUUCAUCGACAUGUUAGUGCUGUUCCUGAAAGGAACAGCUGAGGAGAAACUCCAAUUGCUGUUCGAUAUGUAUGAUAUCAAUGGAGUUGGACAUCUCAAGCGCGAGGAUUUUGCGCACAUGCUGAGAUCGUUCAUGGACACGGUCAAUGCUGAUAUUUCUGAUGACAAAUUGGAUUCAUUGAUUCACUCAAUGAUGGAGGAGGCACAAUUGGCUGGCAAGCCAACAAUAGAUAUACUCGAUUUCAAGAAUAUUCUUGGGGAAUUCAAUGAUAAAUUAAGCUACGCUGAACUGGAGUUCAAUGUCAAUGCUGAGGGAACGAGCAAGAAGUUGCAUGCGGGAAAAGCUACGGUCAAGUCUAAGUUCAUUGGGGAGGUGAAAAGAACUGUAGAGGGAUUGUACGCCGAUCCCAAGGACCUGAGGAUGAGGAUUGUGGGGGGAAGAUCGACUGAUGCUGAUCCUAUAGAUUCGAUAGUUAAUAAUACGGAUAUUGUGAAGAGUGUCAAGGCUCAUGAUAGUCGGUGGCACCCAGUCAUGAAAUUCGUGGCCAAUAAACAACUUGAAAUCUUCUGGGUGGUACUAUAUACGACAGUUUUAUUCGGCAUCUUCGCCGAGAGAUUUCAUUACUACACAUUUUUGAGAGAGCACAAUGGCCUGCGCCAAAUCACCAACUUCGGUGUAUCAGUGACUCGAGGUGCAGCUUCGGCGAUGAUGUUUGCUUUCUCCAGCCUAUUGGUGACGAUGUGUCACAACACCAUAACAAUUCUCCGAGACACAUUUCUCCAGUUUUACAUUCCCUUCGACUCGGCCAUUGAAAUGCACAAGUACAUCGCCUGCUGGGGCCUCGUCUUCACCCUGAUUCACGUGAUCGGACACGGUUUCAACUUUUACUACAUAUCGACCCAGACAGCGGACGACCUCACGUGUUUAUUCAGAAAUUAUUUCCACGCAUCCCACGAGCUCCCGAAAUUUCAGUACUGGGUGUGGGGAACAAUGACCGGGGUCACGGCAAUGUUGCUCACCCUGGUAACUGGAAUAAUCUUCGUUUGCUCGCUGCCCGUGGUGAGGAGGAGAAUCUACAAGUGGUUCGACUAUGGCCACUCUCUCUAUCCAAUUUUUUUCAUUCUAAUGUUUCUCCACGGAAGCGGAAGACUAGUGCAAGGUCCCUACUUCCAGUAUUUUUUCAUUGGCCCUGUGAUUCUGUUCACGAUUGAUAAAAUAUUCACAGCGACGAGGAAAACUACUGAAAUUCCACUGCUGAAGGUGGACAUUCUACCCUCGAAUGUCACCUGCUUGAUUUUCCAGAAGCCACUGCACUUUCAGUACAAGGCAGGACAGUGGGUGAGGAUUUCAUGUCCGGCGCUCAAUACUAAUGAGUACCAUCCAUUCACCUUGAGCUCGGCUCCUCAUGAAUCGACUUUGUCGGUGCAUAUCAGGUCUGUGGGACCCUGGACCAUUAAUAUGAGGAACAAGCUCGAUCCCGCGAGGAAGGAAAUCGUCGAAAUGCCUAAGAUCCACGUCGAUGGUCCUUACGGCGAGUCCCAUCAGAACUGGAACAAAUACAAUAUUUCAAUUAUGAUCGCAAGUGGAAUUGGUGUGACUCCCUUUGCAUCAAUCUUGAAAGACAUCGCUCAUAAGACUAAUCAGAACUUUAACUUGAGGAAUAGAAAGGUUUAUUUCAUCUGGGUCACUCAGACCCAAAAGCAAUUCGAAUGGAUGGUGGAUAUAUUGAGGGAAGUGGAGAAGGUUGAUGUCAGACAUGUUGUUUCAAUUCACAUCUUCAUCACUCAGUUUUAUCAGAAAUUUGAUCUUCGAACCAUUUUACUGUAUAUCUGUGAGCGUCACUUCCAGAAAAUUUCGAACAAGUCUUUAUUUACUGGCUUGAGAGCAGUCACCCACUUUGGAAGACCAGAUUUUUCGCAGUUUCUAUUGGCCAUUGGCACAAUGCAUAAAGACAGUAAUACAGUUGGAGUAUUUAGCUGUGGGUCCCCCACAGUCGUCAGAGCUGUAGACAACGCCUGUCAGAGCAUCAACAGCCGACCCGAUACGCAAACCCUCUUCCAACACCAUUACAAGAGUUUUUGAUCUCAAAAUAUAG